GCAAGCCCAUGUGGGGCUUGAAAGAUCACCCAAGACAUACAAAAAGAUGACAAAAUUUCACCUAACGUGAAUAAAUAUAAACAGACUUAGGUACAUUUUAGGAAAUAAAAACUUUCUUUUUUGCCAUCCUGUUAGCAAAACUAAAGAUCAUUUUAUGAUGAAGGCAGGGUAUGGCUGAUGUUUCCAAGUGACUUGAUGCCAAGUUCUGCCCUGGAUGACAUCAUCUGGAAGCUUCAGGAAAGGGCUGCAAGGUCCUUCUGAGCGCCUGUGACAUCACACAGGGGCCAGCGCCCCGGUGCCACCCGAACGCGGCAGCAGCACCCCGGGCAGCCACCAUGGUGCAUGCACGCACCAUCUGCCACCACCCAUGAUGCACACCAGCACCACCUCAUGCAGUUCCCCCCAGCUCUUCCACCAUGGAUGAUGCUGCAGUGCUUGAAAAGAAAGGCUAUAGCCUCAGCAACACACUAGGACAAGGCUCUUACAGCAAAGUGAAAGGUGCCUACUGCAACCGGCUGAAGUGCAAAGUGGCUGUCAAGAUCAUCGACAAGACGAAAACUCCUGGGGACUUUUGGGAAAGGUUUCUCCCCAGGGAAAUAGAGGCUUUGAGACGCUUGCAUCAUCCCUCAAUCAUCAAAACCUAUGAGAUUUUCGAGACGUCAGCUGGGAAAGUGUACAUCGUGAUGGAGCUGGGGGAAAAGGGAGACCUCCUGGACUACAUCAAGAUCACAGGAGCUAUGAGAGAGGACAUCGCUCGCAUGAAGUUUCAGCAGUUGGCUUCUGCCCUCAAGCAUUGCCACAACUUGAACUUUGCUCACAGGGACCUGAAAUGUGAGAACAUCCUUCUUGAUGAUGGCCUCAACGUCAAGCUGACAGACUUUGGCUUUUCCAAACCCUUGUCUCAGGAUAAAAACGGGAAAACUGUUCUCAGCAAUACCUUCUGUGGGUCUGCUGCGUAUGCAGCCCCUGAAGUGCUACAGGGCAUUCCUUGUGAUCCCAGGAUUUCUGACAUAUGGAGUCUGGGCGUCAUCCUGUAUAUAAUGGUCUACGCUUUAAUGCCAUUUGAUGAUUCCAACAUCAAGAGAAUGAUUUUUUUUCAGAAACAACACAGGAUUCCCUUCCCCAGCACAAAACACCUGACUGUAGACUGCAAGGAUCUCAUUAACCACUUGCUCCAGCCCAAUGUGUCUCAGAGGUUGUGCAUAGAUGAAGUUUUGAAACACUCUUGGUUGCAGACUCCAAAUUCCACCAUCGAUUCCCCUCUACCAGCUAUAGAAGAGGGUGAGUGUUCCCAAAACCCACGUGAAGAAAAGCCAAAGCAAAAGCAUCAAGCCAAAUGCCCUUAAGCAAAAGGGGAAAGAGAGGAGAAGUAAAUGGGAUCCUCCUAAGGAUGGCUGGUUUUAACAAUAACAUGAAGUCGGCCUAACUUGUGAACUGCUGAUUCUCAACUUUAGCUUCUGCUUCAGCAACAGUCCUCAUCUCUUGCUUCACAAAGAAUAGCAACAGAAGACACCGUACAUCUGCUGAGGUGAAUAAACGGCUUAACGCUAUUGUUCUCAAAAGACCCAUCUCUUGAUACGCUUUGCAGGGAAGUUACUGUCAAAACACACUGGAUGGUUUCUUUUAGUGCUGCUGGCAUUUAACAGGUCUUACUCACCUUUCUCAAGUUCCUGACUACACAGGCUUCAGAAUUCACACGUGCAUCAACCACACUGUGGAUUCAGUAAGAGGGCAGGUCAUUGGGAAUUGUGAACUGAUGGCUGAAUCUGUAUGAAUACUGUGUUCAUAACGUACCACUUUUCUUGGCAGGCCCACACUACAUUCAAGAGCAACUCAAAUUAAAGAGAAGCCCUCUAAAAUUCUAGGUCAUGUCUUAAUAUAUACAUGAUUAUACCCCCUCUUCUGCAAAAUACAAAACCAAAGACAUUUGGCAAGCUGGAAGAAAGUCCAGUUCAAUCUUUUAAGACAUCUUACCACAUUUUAUAAAUAGACAUAUCUGUACAGAGGUGUAUUGAAAUGCAUGGCCAUCUUAAAAAGCGAAACAUAUCUUUAAAAAAUUAUC